AUGUCACAGGCCCUGAUAGAGAGACGGUACAGUCGUCUCACUAGAGCGAUAGAAUCGGCUCGUGUGCUUGGCACACGCUCUGAAGACCUACUCGGCGCUGAGCUACUGCCUCUGGAGCCGAGCCUUGGCUCGCCGUUGGCUCGGGGUAGGCCGCGUGAUCGGCAGCUUGCCGAGCAGCUUCGGAAUGGCACCGCUAUUCUGACCAUAGGUGAGGGAGCUGUUGCCCGGCGGAUACCUCUUGAGAUCGGUCGACUGGCAGUUGCGGUUUCGGAUAGGAUCGGGAUCGGCGAGGCGGAGGCCGCGGAGCUCGUACUCAGUUGGGCGGACGAACUCGUCACCGUUUCCGUCGGUGGUGUUCGGGAAGCGGUAACCGGAACCGACCCCGCACUGGUCUCUUAUAUUGAGGAACAGUAUCUGCGGGAGCGUUGGGCGCUUCUGCAGGCGCUCUGGCUUAUUCUGGCGACGCCUUUUCUGGACCCGCAGACUGGUACCGCUGUCGCUGCUCGGCCGCAGCGAAACGGGACCCGCACAGCCGAGCGACAGCCAGCGUCACAGCUUCCGUGGACGCAGAUCGAAUGUCUUCUGCAGACGAGGCGGCGACUCGUUUCGGACUACAAACUGGUAUCGAAACUGCUGGAGCGCCUGGAGACGCCGGAAAGUCUCUUCCCUGGGGAGCGGCGCGCACUCGCCCAGUGCCUCUUCACGCUCGCCUACAGCAUCCAGUUCACUGCCGCGGAUGCAAUGUCGCUGACAAACCUAUUCAAACGUUUUGUGCUUUCGAUCGGCAGCGGAAUCAGUGGUAAUGACUCCAAAGCACAGAUCACUCGUGGACCUCUACAGGGCUGCGGCCUCUUCGAAGCGAUCGAUGUGCUGAUGCUCAUGUCGUUGAGCUUGCGAGGCGUGCUGGAUCCGACGCGCUACCAUCCCUUGGAAGACUUGAAUCAUGAGCGUGCUGCAUCUGGGCUCUUCUCCGCGAAUAAGCUCCUAGAAGACGAGGCUUUCGUCACGGAUUUGGUCCAUUGCUUGGAGAACUGGUACGUGGACCUAGCGGACGCGUCAGCGGAUUCGACGUGGAUGCAUCGAACGGCACUGGCUGCGGAAGCGUCAGGCACGAAACAGGCGCCGAGCGGAGCAGUAGCGCACAGCGAGUCGGUGACGACGUGGCAGCGGCACGCUGCGAAUCUGGUGCACCUGCUGGAGCCAGUUCCACUCGUUGGAGCGCUGUUCCUGAUCGGGACUCCAGAGGCAGGUAAGAACGCCGUGCUGGUUCAAAAAUACCUUGAGAUGGCUUAUCAGAGCCUCCAGCGCGGUGCGCUAACAGCCAUCCUUGAACACUGGGUACCAUGGCUCGACCAGCAGCCUGGCUUGAACGGGGAUGCACUUCGUCGACCCGGUGUCGGUGCGCUUGCGCCCCUUACCGUGGAUCUGUUUGCAGACCUGGUGAUGGACUUGGGCGCUGCAGGGCUCGUCACGCGCGUCUUCGAAACCGCUGCACGAGCGAUGGCCGACGUGGACCUGUGGGACAAGUCCGUUAUUCCCAGGCACGGCAGCAGGCACGAACUGGACCCGCGACUCCAAGCGCCCGCGGAUACCGCAGCUGCCACACACCGCGGACUUGAAACCGCCCUAUGUGCUCAGAUCGUACAAGUACUGGCAGCAGGGGCACGACUAGCGCCCGCAAAUGCGUAUCGGUUCGUCACGGAACCCAUGGGUGAGUUUCAGGUGGACCUCAUCCGCAUCGUAGGCGAUGCCUGUUUGGAACUCGUCGAGCUGCUCUACGCGCGAAUCACCGGUGAGGACCUGCUGGUGGCUGCGGGUGACCAGGGCUCCCUCACCAUACUCGAUGAGCGCAUAGCAUCGGUCUCGUUUCCGAUGAUCACAGCGUUUCUGGAGUUGUUGCGUUAUACAGCCGUAUGCGCUGAGCCAGUCUGGGAUUUCCUCGAGAACGGCGGUCAUCCAGUGGCGAGUUAUGCGUACCUGAUGCACGGUCUAGAUGCCAUGGCGAAUCGGUGGGCGGUACCCGCGGGCACCUUCUCGCUGCCGCAACUUCGCCAUGCAGCGGUCCUCGCUGGACUCAUUCGCAUCUUGACGGUGCUUACGGAAGUAUCCCCGGAGAUUGCUACAUUACUGCGGUCAGAGGGUGCGCUCGUUGAGCACUGCAUUCGCCUCAUAAGCGACCGACUGCCGACCGUAGUGCAACGUGCUGCAGCGGAGUGGCUCGUUCAACUAGGCGAGCGGGGCCCUGCUGCCGCCACACUGCAGCUCCAGCGGGCACUACAACAGCAGGGCAUCUUCCAGACGUCGUUCGCCGUGCUUCAGGAGGCGUUUUGGAGAGCACGCGAGACCGGAGAUUGCGGGUUUCUGACUAGUCUGCUGCGACUAGCAGCACUUGGUGUGGCCUCUGAUGCUUCCGCUUGUGCGCGAUACGCCAUUACCCAGAUCCUGGGUAUCUGGGAUCGCUUCGUUGCGUUUGAUUUUACCGACGGAUGGGCGCUCACUGCAGCGCUCAUGGAGCUGGUGCACACCGUACUGGACGUUGAACGUCACUCGGAGCAAAACGUACCCGCUGCUGCUGGUGCUGGUGCUGGUGCUGGUGCUGCUCCUGAAUCGAUUUGGGCAUUGCUGCAGAGGCCCAGUGAAGUGACCGGUGCGGCAUCAUCGGCUUCGCGGACAAUGUUCGCGAUUGCAGCACGUGCCUGUCUUGUACUCCGCGACGACUGGUGGUGCCCAUCAACAGCCCAGGAGGCGGCUGUCUGCGCACUGCGCGUCCUCUGCAGACUCGUUGCUGAAGAGCCGGUACCGAGCUCCGCGGUGACGGCUUCACGGCGAGCGAUCGAUGCUGGCCAGCAAGUCGCUGCUCUGUUGGCCCAAUGCACCGAACAGACGCUGGUCCUCUGUAGCGUCAUCCAUGCCUCGCUUUCGGGCAAUGAUCUGGUGAUUGCCGCAGCGACACUGCUAACGAUGCUCUGUAGACACGCGCCAGCAGUGGCAACGACACUUGCCGAUCACAGUCUGUUUUCGCGUCAGUGUGCGCAGAUACUGCUCUCGAGUACAGAUGAUCGCCUCUUGCGCGCUGUCGGUGAACUCCUGAGCAGUUGUGUGUACGCGGGCGCGCAGUCGUCAACUUGGCCGAGGCCGAGUUUCCUGCCAUUCGGCCCGCGUGUCCAUCCCGCUGGACGACGACUAGUCGGCAUUGGGCCGUAUCACGUGCGAGUCGGAGCACCGUUUAUGGCGGUGUUACAACGCCUCUGGCAACUGGUGGAAUGGCCGGUAGCCGCAGUUGCAACGCCUUUAUUCCAGCUGCUGCAGAGCUUGCUCUCCGCUCCCGAACUGGUGAUGCAGUUGGCGCCAGAGCUACUCCCUCGUAGUGAAAUAAGCCGGCGGUCGAUCCUGACCCUGUGGUUGCGCGUGCUGUGCGAGACGCAAGUUCCGCAGAUGGAUCGCGUGCAGCAACAAGAACACGAGAUGCAGCAGUUGCAGCUCAUGACCUCUGUGCUGGAGGUUGUCGGACUUGCGCUGCACUGUGCUGGCCCAGAGUCUAGUCUGAGCGACAUCGCUGGACCUGAGGCAAUGCCAGGCAUUCUGCGAAGCCUGGCUCGGGAUCUGUUGGGACUGUUUGCGACCCCGUUGCUCAAGCGAAUCUGUGCAUUCAGCAACGCAGGUGUAUCGGCACACGUGGUGCAUCAGGCACUUGGCGCCUGGCACAAAGCGAUUGCUGCGAGUUUCGAACACUGGCUCUCCUGGGACUCGGACACGCGCUCGGAAACGCAUACGGAUGUGGCGGCAACGUUCGUCGGGAUUAGUUUGACGCUGGAAGAGGCGCUGAGUGGCCUCCAGCCUCCGAAAGCAGCAGCAUCGACGUUCACUGAGCCUCUGUCGACGACACCGGUGUUGGACGCGAACGCUGCUGCUGCGCUGGUCACGAUUUGUCGCUCCUGUCGCACCUUUUGGUACCAGGUGAUGGCAAGCGACGCUUUAGCGACCACGAAGGACGCGGAAAUGACCGCAGCGCGGCAUCCGCAAACCGACGGAACGGGCGCGAGUGGCGCUGCGGUCGCUGCUGAUGAAGCGCUCCAUCGUAUGGCGAGCGUUGCAGUUGCGAUUGCAGGUGCAGUUGCACCACCACCAGCAGCAGCAGCAGCAGCAGCAGCAGCAGCACAGCAAAACACUCCAACCGAGACGCGACGAUCCCUCUACGCUGCGCAGUGCGCCCUGAUCGAGAUGCUCGUACCGCUACCGCUUACGCUGAACGCAAUGGAUGCACCGGUUCACCUCUCGAAAUGGAACUGCCAACCGGAACAUCGCGUGAACAAAAUCACUGGACAGCUCGUGAGGUAUUUCCAAGCAUCCACGACAUCGCUUGCCCGCUUCGAGCAACAAACAGCCGUAUGGAUCACCGACGCGAGCGCCGAUGGCGAAGCAGCGCUUCGUGCAAUCGCACUAGCGACCUUGACCUAUGCACUACAGAUGAGCACUGCGGUCGCGGUACAGGUUGCAGGUGAGGCGGUACCCGCGAUAUCGACACCAGGCGAGCGUGUGCUUGCCAACAGGGACGCAAGCUCAUCUUCACAUCGACAUCCACAGGUGCAGGUGCAGGCGAAUCGAUUCGCCCACAUGAUGAUGAUUGGACAGGCGAGUGCGAUGGCGCGACUCGGACUCUGUGCAGCUGCACUCGGUGAGGAUGCGGUGAUUGGGCACGAGGGUUCAAGUGUGACACAUGUGUCGCUUGCCGUCCGCAACCUUUAUCUGUUUGAACAGCAUUUGUCGCUUUUUGUGCAACUGGCAGUGAGCGCUGCGAGGCAGGGCACCACGAUCCGCCUGUUGCCGAGUUUGCUGGAGGCACUGCACGCUUGGGUGAGGCAGGGUGUCGACUCAGGGGCGUUGCUGUUUCCAGUGGGGGUUUCUUUGGCGCAGCGAUCCGGCAACAUAUCGCCGCUUCUCCAACGACGAGCGGUGCUGGUGCGUCGCCUCAUUAUGUUCGCUGCGCUUCUCGCGCUUCAGCUACCGUCUGGUGUUGCGACUGCGGCGCCGUCGUGGCGAGCGCUUGUCGAGAUCGCGCUCCAACUGGGUAGCCUCUGGUUAGCGAGCCGAUCCCUGAUGCAUACCGAGCAUGCGCUGACGACGCUCCAGAUCGGUAUCUGGUAUGGGCGUUUGCUGUGUGCGCUUCCCGCAGCGCUCUACGCGGAGCAGUCGGCCCUGGAGGCCAUGCGUCACUCGUUUGUGCUCCAGUGUGUCGAGCUGCUUCCGCACCAAGCAGGUGCGGUGCAUGAACCCGACACUGCGACUCGUGGCGACGUAGCAGGCAUCGCAGGCGCGGUGACGGUAGGCACAGCGCCCUGGGAUGCAACCCGGUCUGCCGCCGAUGCCGUGCUGACCACGUCGUUGCCGCGCUGGCAUCGAAACUGCGAGCACCCCGAGUCGCCUGCGGGUACCCCACAGGCCCUGAAUGGAUCGCAUGCGGCGCCAGGGCCGAACGAUAACCGCAUCCAGUCGUUCCUGCUGUGUCGUCUCGAGCUUUUACGCAUCAUGCUUGAACUGAAUAUGCACGAGAAGGUGCCCGGAGUCAGCGGUUGGAGCGAUCCGGUACCCGGAGGCGACCCCAUUCGUACCAGCCCACUGGCGCAGUUCAUUGCCGGCAGUGCUGGCAGCACAGCGCUUCCCGCACCUCCACGGAUACGUGCCGAGCAUCUAUCGCUGGGACUUUUGCGGCUCGCCAGCGAAUGCAUCACUGCGGAACGCGCUCAGCGCGGGGCUAGUCAUCGAAAUGCGGCUGCGGGACCGCGCUGGGCGCUGGAGCGCCAGCAGCAACUAGAAGCGAUGCGCUACCGCGAGGUGCUCGAGCGAACGCUCUGGUUCCUGUUAGCGAUUUUUGAGCCGUCACCUGCAGGCGUUGCAGUACCAUGGCAGGUUGCCUCGCAGCGAACACGUCACUGGAUAGACUGGCUGUACCAGGAACUGGAAACGCAUCGAGAUGAUGCACGUUGGUUACUUCGGCGACUGCUGGCGCGACGACUGCGCCAGUGGAUCCCCGGUGCUCCCGCUCCGACGGUGCGUUCGGCAGGGACGCGCUCGCCACCGGUCGUUAGAGCAUGA